UGACGUAUUUCACAUGUGCACUCGUGGAAGCUGUCAGAUUGUCAACAUGCUUUUAUCAAUAUUUGGACAGAUGUCAUCACAGAGGAAAAUAGAGUGAGUGGAACAUCAUAUCAGAUCAUGGAUUUUGAAGUAAUUGUAUAAUGCUAGAGAGUUCACUCAGCUUACAUAAUGGGUGCUAUAGAGUCACAUGAUUUUGCCCCGGUUCGAGACGAUGAACGGAAAGAGCUCAACUUGAGCCGAAGAAUCACUUACAAACAGUAUUUGAAGCAUCUGGAUGGAGAUUGUCAUGAAGCAUGCCUUUCAGAGAUACCUUGGAGCAUCAGAGACUCCAUUUGCCUUUAUGAAAGGAUGAAUGUGUCUUUUAAUGCCAUAACAGAGCUCCCACCGGAACUCCCUCUUCGGUUACCUCACCUCUACUUCCUGGAUCUCAGUCAUAACCAGAUUGAAACUCUUCCAGAUAGCUUUGGACUUCUCUUCCAUUUAAAAACACUCCUGUUAAAGUACAAUAAGCUGCACUCAUUACCGCAGUCUUUUGUUCAUCAUGUAAAGCUGGAGAAAAUUGAUUUGUCACACAAUUUGCUCAAAGAACUUCCAGAAGGUAUAGGGAAAAUGGAAUCAUUGUCAAAGUUAAAUGUCUCUAAUAAUAAAUUAAAAAUGUUACCAGUGUCCCUUGGUAACUGUAAAACACUGACACUGUUACUAGCUCAGGGAAACAGGCUGAAUGAGCCUUCACAAAGUAUAUGUGAUGAAGGAUCAGAGGUAACCAUGAAGUUUUUGAAGCAGAAAUAUUUUUCCCUACAUCCGUAUACGGAUCGCCUUACCAGCAGUAAUCUGAAUGAAUUUGUCCGAGUUCGAGGAAACCAGCUGCCAAGCUCUGUUCCCAAUCCUCACUCUGCUCAUGUACAGUAUAUCCAGAAUCAAACUCACACAACAAACACACCAAGUAGAAUUAAAAGUCCGCUAUUACCUCCCCUUGGUGCAAGUGAACUUGAUGCAGAUGUACUGAGGGACAAGAUUAUUGGAAUGAUAUAUGGUGCUGCGAUAGGAGAUGCGGUGGGCCUGGCGACCAGGAGUAUGUCUGUGGAUGAGGCAGCCUUCCACUACAGCAGUACAGAUAUACAGUAUUCGGACAUUGUGGUGGACAGUCACCGUGUCCGCUGGAGACCUGGUGACUGGACUUCAAACUUUGACCUUUUUGUACUGGCUCUGGACUCUGUGAUAUCCUGGGGAGGAGUUGUUGAUGAGUUGGACUUCGCCAAGCGUCUCUCACUCUGGUGUCAGAAAGGUUUCCCUGAGCUUGGUGACACAGAGGGGAUCAUUCUCAGCCCAACUAUCCAACAGGUUACAUCUAAUAAGAUGUAUACAGAGAAACCACACAGUGUGUCAGCGGAUGUCUACCACACACAGUGGCCUCCGAAGACACAGAAUGGUAGCGUGCCCCAUUCCCCGACUACCAACACUGGUGUGUUUGGAGAGAGUGGUGACAGGACCAAUAACAACAAUGCUGGGCUGGAUCAUAAGAACUAUGUCCGCAGUGACAGUCUGGCGUCGUUUUCGUGUGGAGGAUGUGAAGGUCCUGGAGUAGAUAAUGGUGCUAUCAUACGGACUGCUGUAUUAGGAAUACCGUCCUUCUUCGAUCUGUCCGAGGUGGUCAAUAACACCACGAGGAUAUCUCGAGCCACCCACGCUGAUCCACGGUCAACAGCCUCCUGUGUGGUCAUCUCGGUUCUCAUAGCCCUAAUGAUACAGGGAAGAAAGGAUUUGUCUAAAGCUGAAAAUCUGGAGGAGAUAAUAGCUACAGCCAAACUUACUGGGAGAGAGAUCCUUAAGGACCCAGAACAAAUGGAGGAGUUCGACCUGUACUGUGAUAUAGAUAAUCUAGACAAUUUGACGGUGACGGAUCAGAGGAAAAUGGGUCACACGUUUAUGCCAUUAGGUGCUGGUCUGGCUAGCUUGAGAUCUGAUCAAGAUUUCAGAACAGCCAUUAUGAAACUGAUCAUGAAAACAGGAGAUGCAAACAGUAACGCGUGUGUGGCAGGGGCUCUCCUUGGUUGUAGGGAGGGAUUCUCUCAUCUCCCCAAACAUUGGGUGACAGGACUCAGGAAAAAACAAACUGCCUGGCUCAAUGUCAAAGUCAACAUUCUGUUAGAUAUGCUGGGCCUACCGUGACUAUUGUCACUUGGUGAUGUAUAAAGUGUUCUGGAAUGAUUAAAAUAAAAAGACAAUUAUCAUUGACAUUAAAUUGUGAGCAUAAUGACUAGACAAUGUGUUAAUUUAUGAUAUAAUUAAUUUUACUGCCAAUUAUCUGAACACGUCCUCAUGCCAUCUGUGAUAAAGUCAUUAGUGAUUGACAUUUUGUAGAUACCUACGUUACUUGUAGGAUAAACUACAUCCUGUUAUGUACAUACCUAUGUUACCUGUAGGAUAAACUACAUUCUAUUCUGUUAUCUGGCGUUCUUUUCAAGCUUUAAUCAUAAGAAUACUGAAUCAGGUGAUUUUACAAGUUCAAUAAAUGAAACUUUUAUGUGUUCAUAUGUUUAACAACUAUUUUUAGUUACUUCAAUUUGCAUAUUUUCCUUUCUGUUUAGUUUUACAUUACCAGUAACUAUUUUUCCCUUUCUGUUUAGUUUUACAAUACCAGUAACUAUUUUUCCCUUUCUGUUUAGUUUUACAAUACCAGUAACUAUUUUUCCCUUUCUGUGUAGUUUUACAUUACCAGUAAUCUGUUGUAAGCUCAAUACAUGUGUGUUAAUUUUCUGUUAAUGUGUACCAGUAUAUAGAUUUAUAUAAUAUUCAAUCUUAUGUAUUAAGUGGUUGUUGUAUUUCUGAUGUUGAAUAUAAUAAGAAAUAGUCACUUUUUAAUACGCAACUUUGUUAUGAUUUAUAUGAAGUAAUUAUCAUGAAAUUCACACUGACAUGUACUGCGGUAUGUUGUUUUGUCUUAGAUAUACAAACCUUAUAUGGACAUGUUAAAAUGUAUUAACAGAGUGGCUUACUAGUUAAGGUGUCCCGACACUUUUUCAUUAGCCCUCCACCUCUAGGUCGCAAGUUAGAAACCCACAUGGGGCAGUUGCCUGGUACUGACUGUAGCCGGUGGUUUUUCUCCAGAUAUUCUGGCUUUCAUCUACUUCCAAAACUUGGCACUUCCCAAUCUAAUUAAAAUUAGACUUGUAAUUUCCAUUCCUUUACGAUACUCUAUUAUGAUACACUGCAAUACAAGGUCUAACAAUAGCCUGUGGGAGGUCAUCUCAGCAUGACCUUUGAGCUUCAAAUAUAAGCCAAUGAAAACUGGUCAAUGGCAUCAUUAGUCAACCAAUGACAAACAGUCUUAGGUUGUGUCUCCUAAUUAGUAUUUACAACUCAAUUCAGUGCUUUAAUUUGAAAUACGCAAUAUUUCACAAACAUUAUUGGCAGAUCAUCUUAAUAGCCAUAGUAAUAAAAAGUUGCUAAUCCUCUGGAUGUUACAUCGAAGAACAGAAAACGAUUAUACAUUGUCUUGUCGACAGGAGGAAUUGUGUUGCCAAUUGAUUUCGAAAAUCGUUACCGUACAUGUUAUUCCCUUUCAAACUAUUUUUUUUUCUCACAAUGCUGUUGCCUUCACUGUCUAUCUCUCGUAAGAUUGAGGAAAAAACACACGGGCAGCACGUUUGUAAAACUAUAAAUUCGUUUAGGUGUUCUCUUCAAUGAGCCGGAGUGGAAGAUGCCAUAUUGUUUACUGUGGCUAUCGACCAUCGGAAUACCUCGGGAACAUUACGUAAGUAUCUAUACUUCCGAAGAAUGAAAUCACACCGAAAAUUUCAUAGGCGACACGCUGAUUGGCUGAGCUCAAAGGUCAUGCUGAGAUGACCUCUUACGGGGAGUCGUUAGAUCUUGUAUUGCAGUGUAUAGUCGAGGAGCGGAAAUUACAAGUCUUAUUUUAAUUAGAUAAUGGCAAUUCCUUAAAUGACCCUGGCUGUUAAGACGUUAAGCAAGGUAAACCAAACCAAAGUAUUUACAUUAAAAAAGACUUAAAGCCAAACUAUUGGAUACACCACAGUGACUGAUAUAAAACAGUUUUAACUGAUAACGAGCACCUCGUGCCCUCCUGAUGUAGCAGUAAUUUCUAUCAGUACACAUUUUGAUGUUAGUUAAAGCUAUGUUUUAGUGACAAUAUUGAAGUGACAAUUUUAGGACAAAGAAACCUUAAUACGAAAAAAAAUGUAAUACAGUUGUAAGGUUAUUUUGUGUAUGAAUUAUUUCAAAUAUGAUAAUAUUAAAAAAAAAGAGACGGGGGAGGGGGGUUACUGAAUUGUGGUGAUAAGUAUUUACUGCACAUUGUUUCUGCAUAGAUUUCAAUUUCAAUAUAUUUUAUUAUAUUUUAACAAACUUGAAAAGAUAGUACAAGUAGUAUAGCAUAGAAUAUAUAUUGCAUGCUAAUGAUCAAAAUAGGAAAAACUGUAGUUAUUAAUAUAUAAUUAUUAUAUAUCAAUCUGUUAGUAGUCUUUUCAGUAAUUGAUGUACAUGUGCAAUGUAUACGAAAAUAAACCAAAAAUAAAAAACAGUAGCAUAGUGUUAGGAUUUCAUCUGUUCAAAGGAAUACAUGUACCUGUUAUUAUCUAGCCAUUAUGAAACUCUAAAAGGUGUGAAACACUUCAGUGAAAUUACGUUUGUUAUUUUAUGUAUUAUACAAAAACACUAAUGUAUUAUUUUUAUGUGCGAGUCUGAAGGCAUGCUGUGCUAUAUGUCAAACAGACCUGUAGGUAUGCAUGCACAAGUUUCUUUUCCUGUGUUAACAUAAUUUAUAUUUGAUGUGAAUUGCUCAAUGUUUGACCUUCUAAUGAAGCAAUCUCCGACAUCAGACCAGUCCAACUUGUAUACAUACAGAAAUGUAUAAUAUGUUAACUUGUAUUGUGAUACCUCACAGUUCAAUAACCUUAUCAAAAUCAUUGAAUAUGAUUUAAUAUCAAUGAAAGAAUCAUUUUGUGUAAUUUGUAUCAUGAAGACCAAAGAAAUUUAAUGACUACACAGUAUGUCAGUGUUCCGUCCUUCGUUAUUUAGAUAAAACAUGAUGACCAGGAAAUAUAGCCAUGUCAUGAUAUAGCCAUUGUUAUCAGACUUAUCAUAUUAAUACUAAAACAGGUCACCUGUAAGGACUGUACAAAAAACACAAGGUACAGUUUAUCCCCGUAAGAGCUGUACGUGAAUAUAUCUUAUGGAGAUCAACUUUACCUUUUUGACUGGUGUGUUUAAUUUUUAAUGUAAUCAUAUAGUUAAUGAAAUUCAGAAAAAUGGGCGACCAAAAACUUAUUACAGUGUAAAUGUUAACUUCUACAAAGAAAAACUUUCAAAGAAACUCUAUGUUAUAUUCUUUGUUUCAUUUUCCUAAAACACAAUUCAUUUUCAACUGCAAUGUGCAUGUAUUAUAAUUGUUUGGUUCCUUUGUCUGUUGUAUAAAAUCACAGGGGCUUGACAUGUUCCUGUGACCCACCCCAGGGUGUGACCCCUUAAAUUACUUAUUGAUAAGAAAAAUUAACCCAGCCAGGGUUCAACCCCAAGUUCACUUAUUAUUUAUGGGUUGGACCCAGAGGUAUUUUUUCCUUCUGGGUCAUAGGAACAUAUCAAGCCCCUGUGUAUAUAUAUAUAUUUUUUUUGUAUGUUCAUAUCUCAUUAUGAAACUGCUUUUAUUAGUUUUCACAAUUAUAUUUAUCAAAUAAGCUGUAACCAGAGUUAUAUACACAUUUGAUUAGUGUCUAUUUUUAUUAUUUAGUUGUGUGCCAUGAUUAAUGUCUGUAAACGACUGUGAUUGAAAUUGAUGUCAUUCUCUAUAUUUACUAGUUACUGAGUAAACAUUGAGGUGUAAAUUGUAUUUAUAAAAUGUUGUAGAAUCAAUACUUCUGUUUAAUUGAAUUUAGAUAAAAUUAAUUGCAUAAAUAUUACACAAAAGGUUUGGUUUGAGUAGAAUUGUAUUUGUACUGUCCAAUUAGUACUUUCUGUUGUUUGUAGAUAGUAUAUUAAAUGUUGUGAUUUUUACUCCAGAAAGGUGCAGUUGUAACAAAUUUUAGAAAUUAACCUAUUAUUUUUUACCUUAACUGAAAUAGGACGUUCAAUAUAAUAAUUGUAGUCAUUCCUGUUUUAGAUAAUUGCCAUGUUAAAUGUUAAAGUUACCUUCAAACUAAGAGAUAAAUCAUAGAAAUCUGAAUGAACAUCCAAUAGCCAGGGAUAUGAGAAAUGAUACAAUGAUGUUACUAUAGCUAAUGCUGUAUUCUGUCCUGUUAAUACUCUUUAUAUUGUAUUACAUUGUAACAAUAUGUGUAUGGUCAGGGUAGUUUUGAUUGUGUUCUUCAUUGCAAUAUUGUAUACAGACAAAAUUGAAUCAGUCUGUAUUCUAUAGCUUCACAGUGACUCCAUGUGCAUAUCCUUUAGACUCUAAUACGACUCUUAAUGACAAAGUGUGUAUGAUUCCAAACAGCAUAGUUUUUAGAGCGAAUAAUGGCAUAAUGUUUUAGGCACAUACUGGGAUAGUUUGUGAGGCGCUUAAUGCCAUUGUUGGUAAGGUACAUAUUAACUGCAUGAUUUUAAGGCGGGCGCAUAAUAGCAUACACAGUUUGUAAGGUGCAUAAAAGUAUAUUUUGUAAGGCACAUAACCCUACUGUUGAUAAGGUGUGUACCGGCAUAAUUUGUAAUGUGCAUAACGAUAUUGUUGGUAGGAAGCAUAACAGCAUUAUUUGUAAGACGCCUAAAGACGUUAUUUGUAAAGUGCAUAACCGCGUUAUUUGUAAGGCGCAUAACCACGUUAUUUGUAAGGGGCAUAAAGGCGUUAUUUGUAAGGCGCAUAACCACGUUAUUUGUAAGGGGCAUAAAGGCGUUAUUUGUAAGGCGCAUAAAGGCGUUAUUUGUAAGGUGCAUAAAAGUGUUAUUUGUAAGGCGCAUAAAGGCGUUAUUUGUAAGGCGCAUAAAGGCGUUAUUUGUAAGGUGCAUAAAAGUGUUAUUUGUAAGGCGCAUAACGGCGUUAUUUGUUAGGCACAUUGCGGCGUUGUUAGUAAGUUGCAUACAGACAUAGCUUGAUACCACCCAAGGACAAUAAUAUAAAAAAAGUCCUAUAAUUAGAUAAAUAUUUAUAGGGUUUGAAAUACAAAGUAUUCUUCUUUUGAUUACUCAUGAUAUGAGUAUAAAUAUGUUUGUUUACUUAGAUUUUAAAUACAUUAUUUAUUUAAGUAGAUUUGAUUUGAAGAAAAGACAAAACAUUGCAUCAUAUUGGUAUCGACAGCUUUAAAAAUAAUACUUGUCCACCGUUCAAUUUUCCAUAACGGUAAAAAAAUAUGUAAUGUUAAUGAGCAAAAUACAUGUACCAUGUUGGUUUAAACAGUAUUUUAUUUUGUAAACAGCAAAGUUGUACACAUUACAUGAAUGUAAGGAUUCGAAAACAAGCCUAAAGCUUAUAUUAAUUCGUCUCCUUAUAAAAGAAAUAGCAAAAUAUAAACAGGCGACGGUAGGUCAAAAGAGCAUGGAUAUGGUAAGUUUAAUACAAAGUUGAAACCAGAAAAAUUAGGUAAUAAUGAAAAUCAUAAUUCAAAAUCUUAAUCCAUGUCCCAACUGUGUCAGUACCAGUAUGUACAUGAUACAUGUACCAUGUUAACAGUGCUGUAUCCGGUAUUGAUUUGAAGAAAGUCAUGUCAGUACGUGGUCCAUUACUUCAGUUAUAAGAUCCCGGUUAACACUUUAUUGUACAUUUGUUGUUCAUAUAAAAAAAAACACAAAUAAGAAUGUUUAGCAUCAAAGUUCUAUACAUAAAAUGUCAGACAUUGCUUUAAGUUAAAGUAAGGGAGUGACUUGCGUGUAUAAAAGAUUUGGAGAUAUUGUUAAGUCUUUUUAUCAAAAUACAUUGUUAUAUCACAGAUAAUCAAGGUCCAUUGUUGUAGGUAUUGUAUGUCUAAUUUAUUGUUUUAAACAGUAUUGUUCUUUCAUACAUGCUCUAUUCAAACUGCCGAAAUGCAAAAAAUCAAUGCUAGUUUUCGUUGACAUGUACGCCGGUAAUGGUAAUAGUGAACGGAAUUUAUUAUCAAACACAGCUUCUUCAUAUAAAUGCUGUUCAUCACAAGGGUCAUGUUGUUCAACACAAGGGUCAUGUUGUUCAACACAAGGGUCAUGUUGUUCAUCACAAGGGUCAUGUUGUUCAACACAAGGGUCAUGUUGUUCAACACAAGGGUCAUGUUGUUCAUCACAAGGGACAUGCUGCCAUUUCAUGCUCUAAUUGCUGCACUGGGAAUGACGGGUUUAGAAAUAAAACGAAUCAAGAAAUGAUAA